AUGAACUUAUUAUACAGAUACAAGUACAAGGUAGCACAUGUCAAUUUAACAAUGAUACUUUCGUUAGAAGCGGUAACGUUCAUUCUGUUAGUUAGCGUCGUAUGGAUGAAGAUGAGCAAAAGAGGAUUCCUUGAUCUCAUCGAUGAUACUUUCUGGGGGAAUGGGGACAGUAAGGGAGAGGGUAGUAGCGAACAGGAAGAAGAUCAGGUUAAAGAGAUUGAAGAUCUACCUGACGACAAAUUGAAAGAGUGUAUAGGAGAAAAAACUGAGGAAAUUGAAGCUUUAGUGAAAAAUGAUCUCGACUGUUGGGAGGAUGUACGAAGUGAAGUAGAGAAAAAUUUUCGAAACGUCAAACCUGGUAAUCCGUUUCGAGAGAACUUACUCUUCGGUGGAUUUUCUCGAACGAAUGCUGCCGAUUACUACCAUGAAGAUCAGAAUAAAAGGGCAGAACGACAGUCUUCCAGGCGUUCUAAUGAACAACAUCACGGUAACAAUCAGGUAUUGGCAAGAAAUCGCCUCGAUGGUGCUAUUGAUGGUGAUCAUCCGGGCGUGUGUACGGAAAUUGCACUGCGAAGGGAAAAGAAUCAACUGGAGAAGCGUACAGAAGUCAACCUUUCGAAAACCUUCAACUCUACAAGCUGUAAGAAGCACUCUCCAACUCCAAGCGUACAAAGAUCAAAGGAGCGCCGGAACACCGCAAAACGUGAUGGAGACGACGACGAGAAGGAGAGCUGGGAGAAGGAAUUGGUUUCCUCUGGCAGUGGAAGUAGCGUAACCGAAAAAUCAGGGGAUAGUCCACGAGUUGGAUGGAAUAAUAGUGAGCGCACGGAUUUAAAUAUGAUUGACGAGCAGUAUGUCGAGUACUACGAGUAUCUUUGUCAAGGAAUUCAGAAGCUCUUCGAGAGUGGAAUAACUCUUAAUUCCGACUGCGAGUCUCGUAGCGGUAUGGCGUCAUUUCAGCAGCCAACAAUGUGCCGUGCACUCAAGUCAAAAUACUACCGCCAGUACAACAUGGGGCCAGAAAUUUACAGCCGGAAAGUAUUCGUUGGUGGCUUGCCUAUUGAUAUUGAGGAAGAUGAACUGGUUGAAACGUUCGCUCGUUUCGGACCUUUAGUAGUUGAUUGGCCGAACAAGAACGAAACUAAAAGUUAUUUCCCGCCGAAAGGCUAUGUCUUCCUGAUUUUCAACCACGAAUCGUCUGUACGAACGUUGGUGCAGCAUUGUACUGUUGAGGAUGAGAAGCUUUUUCUCUUCAUAAGUUCUCCUAUGAAUGCGGAAAAACUUAAAGUACAAAUCCGUCCGUGGCGCUUAGCUGAUGCAGAUUAUUUGGUGGACGUGAAUGUGCCCAUAAAUCUGCGUCGAGUUGUCUUUGUAGGUGGAGUUCCGAGGCCCAUUCGAGCGGUGGAAUUGGCACAUAUCAUGGAUAGGCUGUAUGGAAGCGUUGCUUGUGCAGGAAUUGACACAGACGUCGAGUAUAAAUACCCAAAAGGAGCGGGAAGGGUCGCGUUUACGAACUACAACUCUUACAUGAAGGCUAUCACAGAAAGGUAUGCUCAAUUGAGUCAUGGAGAAGUGGAAAAGAGGGUUGAAAUGAAGCCGUACGUGUUGGACGAUCAGAUUUGUGAAGAGUGUAUUCGCGAACCGAACGGUGGAAGACAUGCACCUUUCUUCUGUCCCCAUUUGGAGUGCCUACAGUACUACUGCGAAUCAUGCUGGACAUCAAUGCAUGGAAGCCCUUUGCGUGAGCAUCACAAACCUCUAGUGAAAGAAGCAUAA